ACAGAUACAUUCAUCAAAUCAGUGCAUUUCCUUUCCUUUCUGCAAGGAACUUGUUUAUUGUAAGAAGCUUCUUUAUGUAUAUUUGAUUUUACUCGGUCUCAGUUAUUAUUCGGUCAUUCAAAAUCAUGACUUUUACUUUUUAAAUGAAGAUUUCAUUCAUCAUUAAAGGUGAUGUUUUUGACAUCGCUUUUCAUGAUGUGUCAGACACCAUUCAGAUGUUGCACCAGUUUAAACACUGAAAGAGACUGUGAAACCAAGCUAUCAACAAAGAGAGAGAUCGUGGGAGACUAUAUGGAACUGUGUAGGAAUUUUUGUCUUCAUUUAACAUCAGUGAUUAAUUUAUAUUAUCAAUAACAUCUUUACUCUUAAUUAUCAUCAUACAGAUUAGUUUUGAUAAGUUACUCUUUUCUCCCUGACAUUAAGGCUAAUAACCUCUUUUUUAUAUUCAUCUUAGCUCUAUAUUGGAUGAUGCCAUGGGUUAUAUGCUUGCAGGGGUACAUCUGGUAAAAUUAUGUCUUCAGUAUAUUUUAAGACAGUUUCUGAUUAUUGGAAAAGUCAAAGAAGAACUGGUUUUGUUCUGGCUGCUAAAUGGAUAUUUAUGCACUGGGUAGGAAUGCUAUAUGUUUAGCUACACUCUAGCAUAGCUAAAUUUAUUUAAGCGAUAACCCCUUUUGCUAUGUACCCCUGCUAGCAUUGUUUAGUAACCUUUCAUUUAAGUAGAACAUUUUCACUUCCUAAGAAAAAGUGUGUUUUUCGUGUAUAUUUCUACAUCAUGGGAGGCACUGACAUUUACAACAUUGGCUGAUACAGUAUAUGUUUUCUUUAUUUGUUAUCAAUUUAAUAAUGAUGCACAUAGAAAAUACUUGUGCAAUGUCAAUCCACAUAAUAAUUCAAGUAAGUGAUUGUAUUCAUACACUCUGGUAGCCAGUCUUUGUUUAUAUGCCAGUCAAAUUUUAUGGCAUCUGUGUUAUCAAUACAUUUAUUUAAAGUAAGGGCUGAAGUGAAAAUGUUCCACCUUAUAUUUUUGAAAAUCAUUGUGGUAUAAGUUGUGGUGUGAUCUUUGCCAUUUUUGAUGCUUCUGCAGCUUAACCUUUCCAAUUGCAUAUCACUUAUGUCCAUAUCUGCUUGGUUUAUUUUUGGAUUCAUCUUACUUUUCUCUUUGUACAUAUAUUCCCCUCCUUUUUUUUCUUUCAACUUCAUUUUCCCAGUGUCUUUCUGCUGAGCUUGACUCCUACAAGCAUGAUGUUGAACAUUUGUCCAAAAAACUGGAAAAGCAGAAUCUAGAUCUGGAAAAUAUGUGUAAGGAAAGUAAGGAUGCUAAGACUGAGAAAGGCAAAUUGGAGAAACAGCUUUCAGAUGUGCAGACUAAGGUCUCUGCCCUUGAGAUUGGUCACCAGGAGCUUUCAGUCCAGAAUGAAGAACUGCUAAUAGCCAGAGAUAAGCUUUCAAAAAAUCUUGAGGAACUACUUGCCAACAGCAAGCGCUCAGAUGAAGAAAAUAUUUCACUGAACAAGGAGCUGGAGAAGCUCAGAGACUUUCUUCAGGAAGUACAGACUGAAAACAAAAACCUCAAGCAUGCUAAAGAUGAACAGCAAGUCCAAAUUGAGGACCUUCAAAGACAAAAUGCAGAGAAGAAUGACUCGCUCUUGAAGCAUCAGCAGGACCUACAGCAAAUUGAGGCAAAAAAGAAGCAACUAAUUGAGGAUUAUGAAAAUGUCUGCAAAGAGAGGAACCGACUUGAAGACGACCUGAAUGAGACCAGGUCAAAGCUCACAUGUGAGAACGAUAAUCUAAUUUUAGAGAGAGAUUCUGCUAGAAAUGCCAAAAAAUCUCUUGAUGCUAAAAAUGCUGAUUUGCAGGCAAAACUUAAAUCCUUGAACUUAGAAAAAGAAGACCUUACAAUGAAGAAUACCCAGCUGCAGGCCCUCACAGAAACAUUGACAAAAGAGAAGGUGGAGAUGUCCUCUGAAAUCAGUGACGCUGUGAUGGAUAAAAAAAGCCUUGAGACAGUGAAGGAAGAUCUCCAGAAUAAGCUCAGCAUUACAAAGAAAGACUUGGAGAGCUCUGUCCGUGAAUGUGAAGAACUUAAGGCCUCAAAAACUAGCCUGGCUCAGAUGCUUGAAGAGUUCAAGACAAGCAAUCAGGUGACAGAUUCUGAGAGGCUUCACCUUCUGCAGGAGAAAGAAGACUUACUUGCAAUCCAAAGAAGAAUCUGUAAUGAGAAAGAGGAGCUCCUCAGAGAGAUGAAUGAAUUAAAGGAGAAGCUUCAAGUUUCAGCAGAACAACUGUCUCAGUCCAAUCAGAAAUUUAAAGAUGCAUUAUCGUCUUUUGACCAAGAGAAGCAAACAUUUCGCCUUCAGAAUUCUGAAACUGAGAUGGCUCUUCAUGCCGUGAGAAAAGAAAAGAUGAGCCUGGAAUCAGCACUAGAGCAGCAGAAAAUGGAUUAUGAGCGUUUGGCAGGGGAGAAGGGAGAAUUAGAGGAGAAGCACGCAAAAGCGAUGUCUGAGAAAAAUGUUCUGUCUGUUGAGCGCGAUAAGCUAGCUUGUGAUAUCCGAACAACUAAGGAGCAGUUGGAUAGUUACUCCAGAGACAAUGCUGUCUAUAUUCAAGAGAAGUCUCAUUUAACAACAAUUGUAGAGGAAAACAAACGCCAAAAAGACGAGAUUGAAGCAGAGAUGACCUCUUUGAAACGAGAAAAGGCUGGCCUACAAAAUGAACUGCAGAAACGUAAUUCUGAUUUUGAAAUUCUAGAAAAGAGCAACACUGAACUUCUUCAAGAGCAUAGUAAACUGAAAAUGAAUUUUGAGAAAGGCAAUUUAGAAUUUGAUGAACAGAUUGAUAACUUUACAAAAGAUUGUCAGCGUCUGCAAUUGUUGCAGGCUGUGGCUGACGAAAAGGUGCUGUCCUUGCAGAAAGAAACCCAGGAGCUGCUUCAGGAGAUCCAGGAAUUAAAAUGUAAGAUUGAAUCAAUGUCAGAGGCCAAGCACCUACUUGAGACCCAGUUACAGGCUGAAUCCUGUGAACGGAAUAAAGCAAUAUGUGAAAAGGAUGGUCUUUCCAAACAAAUUGAGGAGCUCCAGAAAACGUUAUCCAAAGUUAUGCAAGAAAAUAAAGAAAUUUCUUCUAACCUUAAGAGCGUUGAUGAGCAAAGUAAGUCUUCUUUGAUGGAUAUGGAGGCUUUAAAAACACAACUGACGCAGCGAGAGCAAGAAACUAGUCAGUUGACAGAAGAUAAAGAACAGCUAUUAUCUAAGCUUGAAGAAAUGAGCAAACAAAUGACCUUGCUGACCACAGAGAAGACGGACCUUUUAGCUGGACAGUGUAAAUUGGAGCAGGACAUUUCUUCUCUCCACACAAGCCAAGAAAAUUGGCUCUCAGAACAGUCAAGACUCCUUGGAGAGAUAGACAAGUUGCACACUAGCCAGAAACAACUAGAGGCUGAAGUCAAGGGCCUACAGUCUGAUAAAGAACUUUUGGAAAAGCAGUACAAGAAUGCUGUUGUGGAGGUAUCUGCUUCUGCCAUUGUGAAAGAAGAGAUAACCUCCAGCAUCUCAAGUCUAACAGCUCAGAAGGAUGCCCUGCAGGUGGAGAGGGAUGAAGCUAUCCAGCAACUCAGGCAGCUCGAGUCCCAACUAAAAAAUACCAUUUCUAAGCAGCUUGAGGCUACAGAGGCCUCUGGCAAGACUGCUGAGGCUCUCGAACAGCUGACAAAAGAGAAAGCCAGUUUGAUACAGGAGAAGAACGAAGCCCAAUCAUUGCUGGAAGAGCUCCAGAGCUCCAAGCAGGAGAUGGAGACCCAGCUUAAAAAAAUGAGGGAAGAGAAUUCCAAGUACCAAGAAGACCUGAAUGUAUCCAAAGAACAGCUUUGCACAGAAACUCAGAGGAAUAAGAGUCUGUGCCAGGAAAUUGAGGAGCUUAAAGAAGUAGAUUCUGUGAAGACGCAGUCCUUGCAGAUGCUGCAAGAUGAGAACAACAAGCUCACUCAGGAGCUUGAUAACAGUCACAAAGGCCAGAGUGAUCUUGUGAAGCUCAAGGAUGAGCACUCAAAACUCAAAAAACAGUUGAAAGAGUUUAAGCAAAGUGAGAGCACCUUGAAGGAGCAGUAUGAGAAGGAGAAGGCCACUCUUCAACAGUCCAUCCAUAAAAACAGUGCCUUAAUUUCAGAAAAGGACCAGCAGGUGGAAAACCUGAAGAGCGAGCUGGCUGUACUGCAUGGGGAAAGUGCCUCAGUUCAGACACUGCAGGGUACAAUUCAGGCCUUGGAGCGGGACAAGGCCGAUCUACUGGAGCGUGUUCAGAGACUGGAGAAGGACCUGGCUGCCGGGCCUGACACCAUUAACAAGUCCUCAGGUGAUGCAGUUUUGGACCAACUAAGGGAGGAUAAGGAGACUGCAGAGAGUCAGAUUGAGUUCCUGAAUUCAGUCAUCGUUGACCUCCAGAGGAAGAAUGAGGAACUUAAGGACAAAUUAGAGAAGCUGGCAGCUGCUGCUCUCAAUGGGAAUAAUCCAAGUGAAAUGGAUAAUUAUGAUAGCCGUGACAAGGAACCCGUGAAGAAGAAGCCUCCCCCAAGGCUGUUCUGUGACAUCUGUGAUUGCUUCGACCUCCAUGACACAGAGGACUGUCCCACACAGAUGCAGAUGCCCGACUCCCCUCCACACACCACCUACCAUGGCAAUAAGGGCGAAGAACGGCCCUACUGCGACAUCUGUGAGGUCUUUGGCCACUGGACCGAAUCCUGUAAUGAUGACCAGACCUUUUGAAGCCUAUAUCACCUUUGUUCGCACAAUCACUAUUUUUGCACAUCCUGUUAGAUUAUGCGGUGCUUUUGGGGUUUUGGUUUGUAUGUGUGCAUUUCGUGUGCUUGUUUUUGCCAAGCGUCUUUAUUGUCCACGCCAGUCCUUAAGCGCUCUUAAUGGAGAAUGGUCUUCUCAGAAUCUCUCUCCAAAAAUACCAACAUCCAGAAAAAUAACAUACAGUAGUUAACAAUUUGUAAUUGUAAAUUUGGACUUUGGAGGAAAAAAUGGUUGAUAUCUUGGGUUUGUAUGUGUGAGAAGAUGUAGGUGGAUAUAUCAUUGUGGGAGAAGGGAUGGUCUUCUUCAAAUCAUUUAAUUUAUCAGUAUCCUAACAUUGUUUGCACAGCUUGUUGGGGGAUUACAAAGAUAAUAUAGUAUCAUUAAAGCUGUAAAUUAUUUGAUUGAAAAACAAAUGUCAGUUGUUGCAAAAAUCAGUGAGCUAUAGUUUAUUUUUUUAUGCCUGGAAAUACUAUGUACUCUUUAGAGGUUUGAUAGUAUGUGUGUAAUUUUGUGAGGGGUAAUCACAGGGAGAGAUUUGUUUGCUCUUGCCUGGAUUGGCACAGUGAAACCCAGUGCUGUUUGGCUUUAAUAUGAACUUUUUUAUGCUCUUCAUGAAGGAACUGCUGGAUGAUGAUGUAAGAAAGCAGCAGUGAAACUUCAAGCACUUCACACUUACUGUAAUCCCUUAGUUCCAGUGAAAGGGCCUUUCCAAAAAGUUUCUUUUCAAUUAAAAGAAUUUCUGUAUGAAACAAUGAAAUACUAGGCAUUUCUCAAAAAAAUGUUUUGAAUAUCUGUAUAAUAAAAGAAAUUUAUGUAUGACUUAAA